AUGGUCGCACCACUGUAUACAACGGACUCUGGCCUGCUCUUUCAUGCUGGAAAGAUUCUGGUUUUGACAGUUGGCCUUCCUGCGAGAGGGAAGACGCACAUCUCCCGAGCACUGGAACGAUACCUACGCUGGACAGGUGUAAAGACUCAAGUUACCUCGCUGGGUGACUACCGCCGGAAGGUCCUCGGCGGGGCGCAGAAUUUGCCUCCGGACUAUUUCAUGCUAGGCGAGAAGAGCCCGGAGACGGUGGCUCUUCGCCAGAAGAUCUCGGACGGAUGCGAAGAGCUGAUUUGGGAGUUCUUCAACGCUCAAGGGCAGGUGAUCAUUUAUGAUGCGAAUAAUGGGACCAGAGAGCGCCGCCAGGCUAUUGCGGACAAGUUCACGAACGCCGGGAUACACGUUAUCAUGCUAGAGUCGUUGUGCGAUGAUAACGAGAUCAUCAUGUCGAACAUAAGGAGCGUCAAAAUCUCCUCUCCAGACUAUCGAGGAUGGGAUCCAGAGAAGGCCGUGGAAGAUUACCUACGACGCAUCAAGGACCAUGAAGUACACUAUGAGCCCGUUGAGGAGACAACAUAUCCGUUCAUCCGCAUCAAGAACGUUGGGGAACAUAUCAUGAUCAAUAACGUCCGUGGCUAUCUGCAAUCAAGAAUAGUCUUCUUCCUAAUGAACAUCCACAACCGAUUCAGGACAAUCUACUUCGCUCGCUCUGGACAAUCUUUGAUUGAACACUCUUACAAGGCCGAUUCGGACCUCUCUCCUGCUGGUUGGGAGUAUGCCGAACGUCUGAAGGAGUUUGUGCUGGAGCGACGCGCCAAAUCUCUCGAAGCAAGAGGCAUUGACCCGACGACACGCAGGCUCGUUAUCUGGACGUCCGCACGCAGACGAUCCCACCACUCUGCAUGGCCGUUCUUGACUACAGGCCCCAAUGACCCAUCACCGCCAGCCAGGGUCAAGGUAAUUGAGCGGCCGCAGAUGUCUGAGAUUAACCCAGGUGUGUGGGACGGUUUGAGCCCUGACGAGGUCCGGAAGUACUAUCCCGACGAGUGGGAGCGCUUCGUCAGGGAUCCCUACGCAUAUAGGGCACCAAGAGCCGAGAGCUACCAUGAUCUCUGCGUCCGCUUGGAGCCGACGCUCAUCGAGCUGGAGCGUCAAAGGGAGGAUCUGCUCAUCAUCGGGCACGCGUCCGUCAUCCGAUGCAUCCUGGCGUACCUCAUCGGCCUGCCUGCGUCAGAGAUUCCAGCGAUUGAGGUGGCCCGGGGAGACUUGCUUGAGGUCGUGCCCACCUCGUACGGUGUGUACAGUCAGGCGUAUCAUUUCUGGGACGGGCCUGGGCGCAGCGGCGAUACGAACGGCAUGGGCACUGACGAGCAGAACUUCUACGAGAACUACGCCGAGGACACGAAGGGCAAGAGGAGACCGGAUAUCGCGCAGACUGCAUAG